CUACGGGCGCGGACCUUGGAAAGAGAGGAAAGCUUGACGCCCCGUGGGCUCAUGUGGGCGCUGCUUUCUGGUCUCGUAUCCCACCUUCUACUUUGAGGGAGGGUUACCAACACUGCUGACUGCUGAUCGUUUGGUUGUUUGGUGGUUUUAUAUCAGGUCGUGCCAUGGUCAAAAAUUUGGUUGUGCUUGAUCAACCGACAGCACUUCUUCAGCGGUGCUCGAGGCUGUUCAGACACCAUGUAUCAGGCAAGCAAUGUUUACUUUAUAUGCGGGUUUGCCGCCAUUGGCGGCGCCCUCUUCGGCUUCGACAUCUCGUCUCUGUCGGGCACCCUAGGCACCCAAGCCUACAAGCGCUACUUCAACAACCCAGUUUCAUACACACAGGGAGGCAUCACCGCCUCCAUGCCCGCUGGGUCCUUGCUGGGAUCUCUCGUCUCGUCGUUCCUGGCGGAUAAGUACUCGCGCAAGGUGGCGCUACAGAUCUCUUGCGUGCUAUGGAUUAUCGGUUCCAUUCUCAUGACGGCCUCCCAAAAUGUUCCGAUGCUGUGUAUAGGCAGGGUGGUGUGCGGUUUCUCGGUUGGCAUCGCGUCGGCGAUUGUGCCAGUGUACCAGAGCGAGAUUGCGCCCAAGGAGAUCAGGGGCAGAGUAGUGAGCUUGCAACAAUGGGCUAUCACCUGGGGUAUCUUGAUUCAAUAUUUCAUCCAGUUCGGAGCUGCUCAUGGCACUGGAGGUGGACCAAGCGAUCCCGAUCAACCAACCGCCGCCUUCCGAAUCCCAUGGGGCAUUCAAAUGGUGCCUGCUGUCAUCCUCUUCGUCGGUCUCUUCUUCUUCCCUUACAGUCCUCGUUGGUUGGCGUCCAAGGAUCGAUGGGAGGAGGCUCUCCAGGUUUUGGCGAACCUACAUGGGAAGAGAAAUGCUCGCCAUCCCAAGGUACUGGCGCAGUAUCAGGAGAUUGAAGAUGCCUUGAAGUUUGAGAGAGAGCAGGCUGUGUCUUCAUUCAAAGCCCUCAUUGAGCCAAAGAUGUUGAAGAGGGUGGCACUGGGCAUGAGUAUCCAGAUGUGGUCUCAGCUGUGUGGCAUGAACAUCAUGAUGUACUAUAUCGUCUACAUCAUGGAAGGCGCCCAGAUUGCCUCUCCUUUGGCUACAGCAUCGAUUCAAUACGUCAUCAACGUGGUGAUGACCCUACCAGCCAUCCUCUUCCUCGAUAAAUGGGGUCGUCGUCCCUCCCUGAUCUAUGGAUCAUUCGGCAUGAUGACUUGGCUGUUCAUUUCUGGUGCCCUGCAACAAUAUUACGGACAGCCCAACACGGAGGAGACGAGAACGCCCGACAACAGCGACAUCACCUGGAUUGUAAUUAACAACCGGCCUGUUUCGUCCGCCAUUGUCUCGUGCUCGUACUUGUUUGUCGCUACAUUCGCCACAACUUGGGGUCCUGUCUCGUGGACCUACCCAGCGGAGAUUUUCCCGUCCAAGAUCCGUGCCAAAGCUGUUUCGCUUUCAACAUCGGCUAAUUGGUUCUGGAACAUGGUACUUGCCUUUGCCGUGCCGCCGCUGUUGUGGAAUAUCUCUUACAAAAUGUACUACAUCUUUGCUGCGUUUAACGGGGCGGCUUUCAUCCACAUGGCACUGAUGGCGCCAGAGACGAAGGGGUUCACACUGGAGGAGAUGGAUGAGGUGUUUGACUCGGGGAGGCCAGCUUGGAAAAAGUUUGAUAGGGGAAGCAGGUUGGAGGAGCUGGAGAGAGAGAUUGAGAGGGGGAAUGUCAAGGUCUCGGUGCCUGCUGGUGGUCGACCCGUGGCCGGCGAUCCAGAGCAGGGCGUUGAGUUGAAGAAGGUGGCUACUCCUCCGGCUGGAACCCCUAUCUCAUGAGGCUUAGGAGCAAAUGGGAAGAAUUGGGAGCAACGGUUGGUUUUCUGGCGGCUUUUGAUGACCAAAAGGGUUGUUAGGUUGAGAAAACCGGGGACAUUUGGCUUUUGAAGGUCUGUUGAUGGGGUUGAAUCUAUCUACUGUUCCCACAUGCAUAGGCGAGCGCAUAGCGGGCUGUUAAAACUUGUAUAACGUA